AUGAGACUCAGGUCGAUCAUCAAACCUCCGCAGAGAUACGCGUCUGAGAUCUUGAUGACAGCUGCUGUCCGACGGGGCACACACAAUUCUAAUGCGCGGAAAAAUUAUGUCGAUUUCAAUCCAAACCUCCCUCCUGCAGCCUUCCCAACCUUAGACAACCCGCGCCCCGUUGGCCAUAACCGUGUCGCAGAGGAAUCUCAUCAUUCGCAAAAUACUGAGGAAGGUGAUCAAAAGUCGGUUGGCUAUCAUGACCAAAUUCAUCCCCAGAUUGUUGACAAUUUCAUUGCCAGUAACGGGCGGCAGAAUCCACAGUACGCGGAGAAUAUGGCGAAGCUGGAUACCGACAGUGGCUCAGAGCUGGCCAUAAGCGACGACGACGAUGCUGAGCUUAAUGGAGAUGGAGAAGCUUUCUCUCAGGAGUUAUCCGACGACCCAACAUGGGGCGAUCUCGUUCUUGGCCUACAACUCGAGAUUGCCGAAAAUAUGCUUGCCAAACACGAUUUGUUGAAAAUUCAGAUAUUGUUAAGUCUUGAUGACGGUGAAGUUACGGAGCUGACAGAAAAUCUCAAAAAGCAAAAUGAGGACACUGAGCAUGAGAACAAGAUUCUCGAGGAAAUGAGAGCAAAACAGCUGGCGGCUUUAAUGUACCUAGACAACUCAGACUUGAAGAGUUACUCAGUACCAGCUAGACUCGUCAUGUCGAGAAAGUCAUGGGCCCGCUGUCAUCGCGCUGUUCAAAAGAACUCCAAGAUGGAAUAUCUCUUAUGCAAAGUUGGGGAUCUUUUACUAGCUAGAAGGUUUCUUUCGAGGCGUGGUUUACCACUGGCAUAUGCCGGUGACUGGAACAAUGACUAUGUCGCAACCCCAUCAUUAAGUUUUGAGGCUGGUGAACAGAAUGCAUUAAAGUGGAGACCCAAUCUUCCGAGGAUAUCGGUUGCUGCAAUCAAUGACACUAGGACAGGAAGUCAAAUGAACAACUACCGGAACCCUGGUCCCUAUUUUCAAAAAUCCAGGUCCGAUGGUGACCCAGGACCGUCCACAUUAGGUGAGUCAUCCCGUACAACCUAUUGGCGCAGGUUUUCAAGUGUUUCAAAGUCUAAACAUGGUGAACGCGUCGGUUACAUAUCAACGAAACGACGAGGCUUAGUACGACUCAAAAUCGGCUCACAACAUGCGGCUCGUUUUCUGGCUAUCCACCAGUCGGUCCCGAGUGUUCACAGAAACUUCGUGAAAAUAGGGCCCCUAUCUCUACGAGAACAAGCCAUGUGUAUGUCUACUAACGCCGAUAACAUAAUAGAGAAAACUCAACCGAAACCAAAGACUGAAAAAGUUCUACCAGUUGCAGGAGUCUUUGGAUUACCAUUACCUCGCAAAUUCUCUCGAUGGCCCAUCAGUGAGGAUGGAGAAGACCUCAAAGGCAAGCGCCCUGCACAUACAGGUGGAAAUAGCACAUCCGAAAAUAAGCCCUCUCUCGCAACAUCAAAUGAUGGAACUUUCGAUGUGGAUAGUCAACCCGAAGAAAAGACUGGUAGGGAUCAAGAUGUACCUUCAAUUUCUGAAGAUUCGGCAGAGGUUGAAGUCGAGACCCAAGAAGUGCCAGACAACCCCUCAGUUGAGAACCCGCAUGGUGGAUGUAUGACGGACAUGGAUGGGGAUACCGGGGAAGAGGUUCAAAUGGGAUUAUCUGAAGUGAGCCCACCGGCAACUAAUUCCACCGUGUCUCCAGCUGAUCCGUCUCCCGAAGCAAAGGAACCCCUGCUGAGUGAGGAUAAGCCCGUAAUCAGCGAAUCAAAUCUGCAACGAUCUCUUCUUCAGGGUGUUGAGGAAUUUAUUUCGGAAGCUUAUAUUGCUAGCGAGCCACUGGAGGCUUCCGAGACAAAUUUGUCCACAAUGCAUAAUCAUGAGGAACAACGAAUCGAAAUCAGCGAACAGGAUCGAGCUUCCUCGGCGAUAUUAAUGGAAGACAAAUCAGCCGGAGCUAUCUCCGAUAUCGCGAAUGAAGACCCAUUGAACUCGUCAGAUGUUGUAAUGGCCGAUGUAAAUUCAGAUCUAUCUCUUCAAAACUUAAGUCCUGCUACGGAGAUCUCGAUAGAACCUGUAAAGGAAACGCGUCGGAUAGUGACACGGUCUAGGACAAGCGAAGUCUCGAUCAAACCUGAAGAUGCUGAAGAGUCUUCCAGGCCGACAAAGAUUCGCCGCAAGUCAAGCGUACACAUGACGCCUACCGAAAUCACCCAAGGGACCACCGAUCUGCCUCCUCGGCGCAGUCCUCGGCGCAGUCCUCGCAAUAAACAGAAACAGUCCGAUCCUAGAACAAACAGUCAACGUGUUCUUCGAGGGAGGAGAACAAUUAUGAGUGAUGACAGCAAGAAUGAUUGA